AUGCCGAAAGAAUACAGCACCGUUAAAAUCUUCGCGGACCUGUCAGCGGAUACACUGCAGUUCAGGAAGUCAAUGUCGCCGAUCACCUCCAUCCUACGCGAGCACAACCUGAGCUACCGAUGGGGAUUCCCUGCUAAGCUUUUGAUCUCCCAUCAAGGAGCGAUACAUUCUAUUACCAACAUGAAGCAAGGUAUCCAGAAAAUGGGUGACUGGGGGUUCCCUACGCCGACACCAGAACCAGCUAAGACAACAGCGAUGCCAAGGAAGUCACCAGAGUGGACUGUCAAAUGAAAAGACUGGUAACCUCCGGUGAUAUACGUAACUAAAUAUGCCCUAUAUAAUCUUGAUGUUAUGUUAUUAGUUAUAUUAGAGAUAGUUAAGUUUACC